AUGGCUCCCACUCUCACCGAUCGUGAGCAGGAGCUCCUGGGCCAUUCCUGGCAGUCUAUGGAGACUCUUCCUGUGAUUGAUCUCGAUAAGCUCGCUCGCUUGGGUGGUUACAAGACCAGAGCUUCCGCCAACACUGCCUACCACAAGCUUAAGGCCAAGCUUCUGAGCAUGAACAAAGCCGAAGACGAGGAUGAGGAUGGUAAUGCUGAUUUCGACGCCGACGCUGAGGACACUCCCGUCGCUUCAUCCUCCGCCGCCAAGAAGGGCCGCGGUAAGAAGACUGCUGUCAAGGCUCGAGAACCCGAGACCGAUGAGGACGACGAGUCUGAGACCGUCGCCGUCAAGCCCAAGCCCAAGGGCAAGGCUACCAGAGCCGCUGUCGCCAAGGCCGGCACCACUAAGCCUGUCCCCAAGCGCCGCAGCACCCGUAACUCGAUGAAGGCCAGCAAGUCUCUGGCCAAGGAAGAGUCGUCCGAGGACUCUGAGGAGGAGGAGGCUCCCAAGCGCAUUACCCUCAAGCAUGGUACCAUCAAGUACCCCAAGACCGAGGAUGUCGCUGCUGUCCUUGGUGCUGCCCAGGACCCCGCCGCUGACUCUGAGAAUGUCGCCGCCACCAACAACGUCUUGAAGCGUGCCGCCACCGAGCCUGGCAGUGACUUUGAGGAGUUGGCCGAGCCCAAGCGUGUCAAGGUCGAGCCCACUGGUACCGUCGUCGAAUCUGUUGAGGCCACCACCGUCGUCGUCUCCACCGACCCUCCCGUCGAGACCUAUGUCGUCGCCGACCCCGACGCCGUCGAUGUCACCACCGACAUCACCAUGGUUACAGAAGAUGGCUCUGAUGGCGUUGACGUUCCCUCUGAUGUCGCCUCCGCUGCCACCAGUGUCGAUGCCCAUGACAUUUAA